AUGCACCGGGAGUGUAUAUUGAGGCAUCCAUUCGGGCUUAUAAGUCCCGACUCACUGCUGUCGUAGCCUUCAUGUUGUCUGCCUCCGAGUGAUCGCACUACACCAGUUUAGUUUCAACGCCACUUCUUGAGUGCAGUGCAUAUGUCCCUACGUCCCCUCAAUGUGGUUCAUCUGUUCAUUCGUACCAAUGCAUCAUGCAAGCGAACGGGACAGUACAGUACAGUAAAGUACAGCACACCCUUCUUCAGUGUUGUAUCAUUCGGUAGUAUUUUAG